GAUCUUCAUCUUCUCCCACGGGAGAUGCUGCUCGAAAUCCUAUCAAGACUCCCGAUCGCCUCUCUGACCCACUUCAAGAUCACUUCCCAUGCCGGGUAUGACUUAAUCGCCGAUCCAAGACUCCCUCCGAUGUUCUGUAAUUGGGUAAGCGACUCAGACCCAUGUCUGAUUCUGUUCAAAUACAAUUUCCCUGUCUCCCCGUCCCUGCAACUCUAUUUUGUGGAUAGUGAGGAUUGUAGUGGAAGGGUUAGGAAAAUCGACCCACCACAGCAUUCAGAAGUUGAGAAUCUGGUGGGUUCUUGCAAUGGGCUGUUAUGCUUAUCCUUAAUCGGUGGUUCAUCGGCGUCUCACAGUCUGCUAAUUUACAAUCCUUUUGUUGGAGACGCUGUGAGAGUCCCACCAGCGAAUCCAUUUCUUAAUCAAUUUGAAGUUUUUGGAUUUGGGUUUCAUCCGAGGACAGGAGAGUUCAAAGUGGUCAGGAUUGUGUGGUACGAGAAGAUCUUGACGGUCGUAGACCCGGCGCUAGAUGUGGAAGAAGUGGAAGAAGUGAGAGAAGUAAUGGUUCAGGUGUUUACCGUAGGAACAACAGAGUGGAGAAAUAUAGGAGCUACGCCUCCACAAUUGGCGGAUGUAAGACCAGCUGAGGCUCUAGUUGAAGGAUCUCUCCAUUGGGUGACUGUUGUUGGGAUGGGAGAGGUUGAUGAUAUCUUUGGUGUUACCUCCUUCGAGCUUGCAGAUGAGGUGUUCGAAGAAAUUCCGCAUCCACCUUGUCAACGAUUUGUGUCACGUGACUAUCGUCUUUCCAUGCUCAAUGGGUGUCUAUCGGCAGCUGGGUUAGUUGAUACUUUGCAUUUUGAUGUCUGGGUGAUGAAGGAAUACCAUGUUAAGGAAUCUUGGGUAAAACAAUUCUCCUUUGAUCCCUGUUCUCCUGGUGAAUUGCCAAGCUUCGUAAGAAGAUAUCCCAAAGUUAUAUGUGCACUGAAGAAUGGGGAGAUUCUGUUGUGGUAUAAUAACAGUCCUUUCACUUAUCUGGUUUCUUAUGAUCCUGUAGAAAACAGAUUCAAGACUCUUCAAAUGAGUGGAUUACCCAAUUGGUUCCAGGCAGUUCCUUUUCUACCUUCUCUUUUCUCAGCAAAAGCAACCAUGAAUUUGCAAUUUUGACUUCUCUUUCUGUAAGACUCUACCACUAGUUGUUUUAGUUUGUGUUGAAUCUUUGAUCAUCAAUGCAUCAGUAACAGUUGUGUUAUUUACAUCAUCAUGGAUGACCUCUGUUGUAUGGCAGUGAGACCCACCUGACUAUUAUCUGCCUUUUUCUCAGAAGGCAGGUCUGGAGAACGGGGAGAUUGUGUUGGAGUGUAACAAGCGUUAUAAUGCUCCCCUUGAAAUGGUGAUUGAAGAUUUUGCUUUGAGCUGGGUGGCAAGAUUCAUAAGAGUUUUAUGUGUCCUGAAGAACGGGAAGAUUUUGUUGGAGUGUAACAAGAAACUCUGGUUUCUUAUGAUCUUAAAACUAACGGGUUCAAGGCUCUAAAGAUCAACCGGCUCCCGUAGCGGUUCCAAGGUUUUGCUUUCCAGCAUACUCUGUUCUCAGUAUAGGAAACCUUUGAAAUAAUCUUCACAACUCUUC